UUUAGUUCUAGCUGUGAUGACGUUCCUGAUGUAUUUCGUGGGGUCAGAAAAUGUGUACCAUUCUCUAAAUGUCUUCAACGGAUACAUUGCAUUGUUAGGACACAAGCUACCACAGCAGAUAUUUGAAAAACGCUCCAAUGAUAGCUACAACGGGACUAUAGAAACGAUCAAGGACGACAGCAGAACUGGAAUAAAGUUCAUCGUUCAAAACAAGCAGGAGAUUCAUCAUGUCUUCUUUUUGAAAGUGCACAAGGCAGCAAGUUCCACGGGCAUGAACAUAAUGAUGCGAUUCGCCUUGUCUCGUAACUUGUCCAUCAUGAUUCCAAGGAGAAUACGCAACUCGUUCAGUCAGCAGUCGACCCUGCGAGCCGAUCUAAUCCUCGACUAUUCUCCAGGCACUGUGUAUGAUAUUGCCUGUAACCACGUUGUGUUCGAAAAGAAGAAGAUUAUUCAAUUUAUGCCUCCAGAUACAGUGUUCAUUGGAACGGUGAGACAUCCUUUCAGCCAGUUUAGGUCGGCGUUUCUCUACUACCGGAAUACGUAUUACCUCAAGUACUUGCAGGAUAUCCCGGGACCAAACCCGAUGUUGACCUAUUUAAAGAACCCUUUACGAUAUGAAACAAAUAUUUCUAAAUACUUGUCGUUCACUAACAACCGAAUGUCUUUGGAUUACGGGGCUACAGUGCAAGACACUGAGGCUAUGAAGCGUUAUGUGGAUCGGCUGGAUCAAGACUUCCAUUUGAUUCUUCUGGUAGAGCGAUUCAACGAGUCGCUGGUGCUGUUAAAGCGACUACUCGGGUGGAAGACUAAAGAUAUUCUACAUAUACCUCAGAAAAGAUAUCGAGGUCCGACUGUAAUCAAGUCACAGUUGCUUGAAUCACUUCACAAGAAAUGGGCUCGCCUGGAUUAUAUUCUUUACGGACAUUUCAAACAGAAAUUUGAAUCUUUGUUGGCAGCUCAAGACGAAAUGUUUUAUAAGGAACUUGAUUACUUCAAGAAUAUUUUAUCAAGAACAACAGCGUUUUGUGCGCAAUUCGAGGUGCAAUCACUGCUCGUUCCAAAGUCUCGCUGGAACACUGAAUUUACUGUUACCAGUUCAGACUGCGUUUUAAUUAAAAUGAAAUCUAAAACUAUGAAUAAAAUGGUAAGAAAUCUGUACUUGAAUAAGAAAACCCCCCCCCCAAAAUAUUACAAGGCACAAGUAAAAUUAAUUGAUAUUAGACAUGGUAUACAGAACACCCAGUGAGAUCACUGUAGAGAUUAUUUUCAAGAACUGGCAACGCGUCCUAGCGUGUAUUUUUGAGAAGACCAUGUCGAGCUUUUACAUUUGCGGCUGUUAUUAUAUAUUUGAUGUUCGCAAAUCAUGGUUCGCAAAUGUCCGUAAUAAUUUAUAUGAGAACAGAGCUAGAACGCGUGUGGUGUUAGCAUUGUACAUUUCUAGAUUUCCGAUUACCAAAUGGUCAUUAAGUACCGUGUCUAAAUUUAAAAGUGUAUAAAGUUUUCUAAAUCUGAUGCCAGAUUUUGGAAUUGACUUAUUAUUAUAUUAAAUUAUAUGUUGACGUUAAAUUAAAUUAUAUGUUGAUGUUUCA